AUGAAAUAUCUGGUUCACGGAAUACAAUUGAAGCCGAAGGAGAUACAAUAUAUUCUCGGGGACGAUAUGAUCCGGGUUUCUGUCGGGGGAACUCAUAAAGAUUGGCAGCGACUUCCCAUGGCAGUUGUGGAAUGUGUCUCGUUUAUUCCCAGUAAAGAAAUUAUAUCAAUAAAGCUCGGAAGUGAACGCAUCGCAUGCAGAUUUGUUGAAAACUCUUCAGACGACGAAUACACUCUUAUUUUAGAAUGUCUAGAGGACUGUCUCAGCGAAGUUCUAGUAUUACUUCAGUACCAUCUUGAAUUUUUGUUUCCCAAAGACCCAUGCGUCCAAGUUCAAAUUAAGUCAGUUGACUGCCUACUGGCCGCAGAUGUUCUCUAUAAUGUCACUAACACCGCCAUCAAGUUUGAUGAGUUCACACCAACGGAACUCGAGAACCAUUUGGCCAAUAAUCCCAAUCAUGAGAGUAUUAAUAUUCUUUCAAAGCCAAGUGGCCGAGAUUUGAAAUGCAAUUCGAAACUAUGGAAGAUCGAGGGACUAGCUUUCGAGCAUUCUCGUACGAUCACUUGCAGAAUCAUGAAAUAUUUUUCUGGUCGUUGCCUUAUACUUUUCAAUGCAAAUCUAAAGUAUUCUCCCUGGAUUCAAUUGAUUCAAAAGUGGAAGAAAAAGGAGGCGUACGGCGAUUUGCAUGCAGUAAUUGUACAAACCCCCGAGGACGUGUAUGAAGAGAUUGAUUCAGCAAAGCUUCUUCAAGAAUGUAAUGCAGUGCAAUGGGACGGUUUAAGACGGCCGCAGAUGUUCAAGUUCGAUCCGAGAAUAAUCAACAUUUCAAAACGUGAACCGAAAAUGUGGGACUGCUCCGACUGGUACGACAUUCAACAAGACAAUGGAGGGAAAUGGGCAUCGAUCAGUAUAACAUGGGCAGAAAUUGUGUUUGUUGUAUGGGAUUAG